UCUUCUAAAGAUUAAUCAAAACUCACGAUAAUCGUAAAGUGUAUCCAAUCUAAGCGAUUCUAGAUGUUGGCGCUUAAUGGAACAUGACACAGUACGGCCGUACUGUGACGGAUUGUUACAGAAUGCGCAAAGUCGCAAAAUAAAAAUGGGUUCGCUAAUUGUCCUGUCGACUGUUGCCGUGGAAACCCGGAUUGUUUCCAUUUUCAGCUCGUCCCAAGCGCCAGUGCAAAUGUGUCCUACCCAUCUGUCCAUCCCACCUCGUUUCCCCCACUAUGGAUGCUCCCGCAUUUUCGCAAUCUCCAAUUCGCAAGCCGCAAUUCUUAAGACCAUUUUAAGACUACACAUUCCAAUCCGCCCUCCCUAUCGUGAAUGUCUCUCAGCCUUGUCUAAACCGAGGCGACGUUCGUGGAUAUGGGCGCUCAACAACCUUACAUGUACGACAGCGACAGACGCGAUUCGCGAUUACCCGAAAAACCAUUCGACCCUAAGGCCAUCACCAGAGCAAGUUGGGAACCACCACCCAAGAAAAAGAAGAAGCACAAUGGCCCCUUAAUAGCCUUCGGUCGGCAUCCCGAUGCACAAGCUGUUCCAACUGGUCGGACAUCGUUCUUUCGCCCCAUGAGCAGCACCACCAAGUGGUGGAUCAAGUCCAUGAGAUAUGUCCAAUUAUGUCUUCGUGUACUCGAGAUGAUCGGGGGAGGCGGUCUGCUCACCCUCAUGAUUCUAAUCGGCAAUGUUGAUCCUCUAACUGCCUGGGUCAUGAGAAUCACGCCCGGCGUAGUGGCUAUCAGCUGCGUCUACGCUAUCUGGCAUUUUAUCCGACCCGCCAAUGCGAGACCGCCCGCUUCUUCAGCGGCUUACCAACUAUUCGCCGGUGUUAUGGACCUGGCAGUAGUACCCCUCUACGCUUUUGGCGUAAUCAAUGUCAAGAACUACGGUACCGAGUGGAAGCUCAUCGUGACUGCUUCCCCCGAGCUCACUGUUGCCUUGAUCCAGAGCGAGUAUUAUCUCCUCAUCUGCGCCGGCGGCCUGCAUGUGGUGUCACUUGGCAUCUCGAUCUACCUCGGCCUCAUGUUCCGACGCAUCGCCAACAUGCCGCCGGACAUGAACCCGCUCGAGAGCCACUUGACUUCGCGCGCCAACCAGCACAAGCGCAACAAGUCGUCCGUAGCCACGAGCUAUACCGCCGUCUCCGACGACAUGAACUCAAAGCGGCUCUCUACGCCGCUAGAGAACUACCGUAAUUCAGGCGCCACAUACGAGGACCUUUCCAGGCCUCCCAGCAUCCCGUUCAUGCACACGCGCACCGGCUCGCGGGACUCGUUCGCCUCGUCUAAGCGCGACUCGCGCACCGAUCUGCCGAGCAGACAGUACCAGAUCACACCGGGCAAUUCUCCGCGCAACUCUCCGCGCAACAGCGUCGCAGACAUGAAGCGCAUGUCGAACGCAUCGGGCCUGACCAUCUCGACCUCGCGCACGGCGCAGCGCGGCAGCUACACGGAGGUCCCGCUCCACGAGACAGGCGUAUCGACGCCAACCUCCUCCUCCUCGCGGCCCUCGAGCGGCGUGACGCUAGCGCCGAUGCCGUCGCCGUCGGCGCAGCAGCCCAUCAACGCGUCGCCGACGCGCGUGGCCAAGUUCACGGAGGCGUGGUACGCGUCCGAGUCCCUCAUCAACCGCACGCAGCAGCGGCAGCGCGAGAUGAACGCCGCGGAACGCCAGCGCGAGCGCGAGUCCCGCCGCUACGAGGCCCUGAACCAGCGGUACAACUUCGACGAGGAGGACUCCGAGGACGACGACCGCGAGAAUAACUACAGCGUUAUCGGCCCCGAUUACUCGGAUAUCGAGGACGACGAUGGCGCGCCGAGUAGCCCGAUUAACGUCACCGCGCACCUGCACCCGAACCCGCUGCGCUUGAACCCGGUGCCGGGUACGCCGCCGAAGGAUAAUGCUGCUGCUGCUGCUGCUGCGAGCGCCAUCGCCGGUAGGCAGAAGACGCCGUUCCGUCCCGCCGACGGCGAGGUCUUGUCGGAGGUCAAUUUGAACGAUCGACGGGUUAGUGGUAGUCAGGAUAUCGCGGACCAGCAGCAGCGGUCGUCGGGCGUCGCGUCAUUCUGGCGACGCAGCACGAUCGGCAAGAGCGGCGCGAAGCCGCGCAACCGGAACUCGUCGAUCCAGCCCGACGGCGACUUCUACUCCAAGCCGUACGGCGAGCUGAAGCCGGCCACGCCGCCCAUCAUGAUGGGUACCGGUGGGAAUGUCAGCGGUGGCGGCGGACGCCAGGUCUCGUCCGGUAAUGAUUACGGUGAUUUGGGAGCCGGGACUUCGUAUCGGAGGAAUGUGAGCGGGAAGAUUGCGGAGGAGGGGUUGGCUGGGAGCGGGAAUAAGUACUCAAGGUAUAGUAUCUUGAAUGAGGAUUGAGCUGGUCGAGAUCUGAAUAAACAGGGGCACCGAUAGUGUCAGAGAUGAGGAAGAGGAAUAGUAUGAGAGAAUGAAUGAGAGACAGCAGCAGGGAAAGGCGGGAUGUGGGGGUGGUAUGGAAUUAGGGGCAUUGGGGGAUCGAGUGAUUUCUAUGAUACCGCCUGGAGUUAAUCGCUACCUGGUUUUUCGAUUUCUUGGAAGGGGGGGAAGGGGGAUUGUGAAUUGUGGUCAAGUCAAGAAGUGUUGAUUGAUAUGAUGAUGACUCACGGAUGUAAUACUAGAUAACACAUAAGGGUACCGGAAAUGGAUAGGUUAGGGUUCUGGUCUCAAUGGGAUAAUUAGGUACCGUUGCUUAAGAGUUGAGAGUGUGUAUUAAUGAAUGUGAUUGUUGAAGGGUGGUCUUGGAUGGGUUGAUUGGAGCAUAUGGGAAUAUACCAAGGUACUUAGUUUUAGAUAAAGCAGUUGAGAUAUUAUUGAAUAGGGGUACCUUUACGUCUACUUCUUAUAGGAGCACGUCUUCAAGA